AUGGCUUGUGGUCUCGCCAACCUAACAGCUAGUAAAUACGGCGGUAACCAGCUUUGGGUGAGUAUUGGGGAGGCCAUAAUGCCGAGCUCAGUAGUGAAGUUGUGGGUGAGGAAGAAAGAGCUUUACAUUCAUGUGAAUGAUACUUGUGUGAAUCAUGAGUUCUGUCAUGCUUAUAGGCAGGUUGUGUGGAAGAAAUCAGUACAACUUGGGUGUUCACAGGCUACUUGUACUGAUAAGAAGGAAGCUGGUUUGACUAUUUGUUUCUAUGAUCCACCUGCACCUCGUAGAGUCAUUGGAGAGAGUCCAUUUUGA